AUGGGUGAUGUAAGAGUAAGAGGUUUUCCACUAGCUUCUCUUUAUUGGCCUUAUGGCGAAACUUUUUUCCAUAAUGCAACCGGUAGAUUCUCUGACGGACGUAUUCCUCCAGACUUCAUCGGCUUGCCUAUCCUUCCACCAUAUCUGGAACCAAAACGCCAUGUGUUCACUGAUGGAGCUAACUUUGCUACUAGUGGGUCCUGUAUUCUUUUUGGCACAACCGAAUUUAAUGAUCUUCCAAUCCAGCUGCAAUUUUUCAAGCAAGUGAUAAAGAUAUUAAAAGGGCAAGUUGGCGAUGCUGAAGCCAAGAGGGACGUGACCGAUGCCGUCUACUUAAUCAGUGAUGGUGGUAACGAUUAUAUGAAGUUUUACUACUUCCACUCUGAUGCUAAUAAAGACAGCAUGAGCGAUUUUGUCAAACUGGUGAUCGACCACCUGCAUGAAUAUCUCCUUGAAUUAACAAGUUUAGGAGCCAGGAAGAUUUUAUAUCAAAACGUAGGGCCCAUAGGCUGCAAUCCAUCAGAAAGAUUAUCAGAUGGACAGUGUAAUGAGAAGGAAAAUUCAAUGGCGAGAGCACACAACAAAGGCCUGAUACGAGUGAUGAAGCAAAUAGAGAGAGGUGGCUGGUUUCAAAUAUGGAAUAUUUGAUUUGCAUACAGCAAUGGAAGACAGAAUUUUCAACCCUCAUAAAUAUGGUAAUUAAUCCUCUAACUUGAGAUUUUUUUUUAUUGCGCACAAUCAUUUUCCUA